CGACCAAUCGGAAGUGAGUAUUUUUCGCGCUGGCUGGCCGGAGAGUUUGAGUUUCCCGCAAGCUUUUGAUUCGACUUGAAUGAAAUCCUUCGCUAUACAGGAUGAAAACGGGCAUUUAUUCUCUUUAAGGAUCGAGAGGAGAGAUUCAACAGCUCAGUGAGCCUGGAGGGGGUUAGAUGGGAUGGACAGUAAAGGUAGCUCCCUGCCUUCGAUGCCCGAACCAGCCAACCCAAUCAGCAUGAAGCAGCCACCAGAGUCCCUGAGUGUACGGAAAGGUGGGGGGGACAUGAGCAGCGACUCUGCUCUACUAAUGGACAAAGCUACUGCACAGCUGGCCACCACACUACAAGACGGUGUCCUUCAGAAGAUGGCCGGUCACAACAACCACAGCCAUGAGAGGCUCAAAGACCUCACCUCCCGUGUGCUGAAUGGGGACCAGGAUACGCUGCCUAAGCUUUGUGCUCCAGAGUCACCUAUGCUUAAAGGAGCUGAGGCACCUGCUACCAAUGGCACCCAUCAGCAUAAUUGCACGCCUCAUACUGAACAUGAACUGAAGGUGACAAUACCCCAGGUGAUCGAGCAGCCGCUUUUUGAGCCAUGCUUUGCCAAUGGGACCAGUUUGGACACAGACACCGAGGGUAAUAUAUCUGGACCAGAGAAGAGACAGGACUCCAAGAAAAGGAGGGGAGGGCCUCGCAAACCUAACAUCAGUUCCUCCACCAUCAUUGUGGAGUCACCUGACCACACAGAUGCUGUGGAUGAAACUAGAGCAGCUGAUGAGCCUGUUGUAAUCCCAGAGUUGAUUAAGGACGAUGCUGAUGUCAUCCCAGAGUUGACGAAGGACGAUGCUGAUGUCAUCCCAGAGUUGACGAAGGACGAUGCUGAUGUCAUCCCAGAGUUGACGAAGGACGAUGCUGAUGUCAUCCCAGAGUUGACGAAGGACGAUGCUGAUGUCAUCCCAGAGUUGACGAAGGACGAUGCUGAUGUCAUCCCAGAGUUGACGAAGGACGAUGCUGAUGUCAUCCCAGAGUUAACGAAGGAGGAUAAAGAAGACUCCUCUCUGCUGAUCCAGUUUUCUGUUGGUGAUUUGGUUUGGACCAAAGUGUCAGGAUACCCCUGGUGGCCUUGCAUGGUGACCACAGACCCAGAAUUCAACAAUCACAUCAAACAGAAACCGAAAGCAGUAAACAGCCGUUCAGGCCUCCUGUACCAUGUGCAGUAUUUUGGAGACGCCCCAGAGAGAGGCUACAUCUUUGAGAAGAACAUGGUUUCCUUCACUGGGGAGGAUCAAUACUAUGAGCUUAUUCAGAGCAACAAACAGCCAGCCUCCCGUGUUAUCCACAAAAAGACAGCUCCCUCUGUGCCCCGUAAACUCCGGGCUCAGUGGAACAUGGGUGUCAUUCAGGCCAAGGAGGCCUUCAGCAUGUCACUGGAUGAACGUAUGGUGAACUUCACAUUUCUGUAUGAUGACGAUGGGCCUCAUCUGAACCCCUGCAUCCUGGAGAAGUUGAAGCCAGAACAGAGCGACCAGAUGGAUCCGGAAACCAAGUCCAGACUGAGCCCAGAUCUCCCCUCCCUGCUGGUGGGCCCUUCUGAGGACCCCACAGCCGCCCCUCAGUCCCAAGACAGCACUUCAACAGGAAAAAAGACAAAAGCACCCAGAGCAAAACUCACCUGGCAAAGGAGGGGGAAAGACCAUUUAAAUAAUUUCAUGUCGAAAAAUCAACUGAAUGACAAAGUCUCUUCACAAAAAAUCCUUCAUUCGCAGCUCACAUCGCAGGAACCCACCACUUCUGCACCAGACUUAGAAGAUGAAUCCGUAGUACCUCAGAAGAAAAAGGGGAGACCCAGACAGGCUCAGCCAUCUACAAAGACGGUGAGGAGAAGGAAAAAAUCUGCAACGGACAACACUUCUGAUCCUGUGAAGAAAAGGAAAUCAAAGGCGGUUUCUUCGACAGGCGAUCUUUUGGAACCAGUCUCGCUUCCAGUUUCAGUUCCAGUUAAGAGGCAGCGAAAGAAUAGGUCUAAAAGGCCACCAUCAGAUGCGACAGCAGACAAAGUUCAGCAGCCUAAAAAGAGACGUAGAACAAACAAAGAUGCUGAAAAACAGGCCUUGACUUCAGAAGGAACAGCAAAGAAACGGAGAAGAAGGAAGAAAGCUGACAAAGAUGUAACAGAAACCAAGAAGAGAACAGCAAAGUCAAAGGCUCUCCUCACUGAAGACCAAGAUGUUGAGAAACCAAAGCGUAGGAGGAAAAGGAAGCAGGAUGGAGAGAACCAGGCAACGCCCUCCAAGGCAAAGAAGAGGCGGAUCUCCCUGUCUCCUGAUCCCGAGGGCUCUGGGAGUGAAGAACGUCCUGAUUCUCCAAGUGACAGCUUAGACGGGAUCAAGAAGGGCGAACGGAAGAAAGAGUUUGUCUGCCAGAUGUGUGAGCAGGCUGGUGAGGACUUGGUGCCCUGUGAAGGCCAGUGUUGUGGGAUGUUUCACCUCCACUGUCUGGGUCUGUCAUUGAAACCUGACGAGAAGCUGCUGUGUCAAGAGUGUAGCUCAGGAGUUCACUCGUGUUUCCACUGUAAGCAGUCGGAUGGCGCAGUGCGUCGAUGCCACGUCCCACACUGCGGCAAGUUUUAUCACGAGGCGUGCAUCCGCCUCAAUCCUCUCACUGUGUUCGACAACAAGGGCUUCCGAUGUCCACUCCACACCUGCCUGAGCUGCCACUACGGCUGGCGCACCAAGCAGAAGUCCAACAAAGGUAGGUUGAUGCGUUGCCUGCGCUGCCCGGUCGCAUAUCACGUCGGUGACCUGUGUGUGGCUGCCGGCAGCGAGAUGAUCACCAAUACUGCCAUCGUCUGCACCAACCACUUCAAUGCCAAGAAGGGCUACAGCCACCACAGUCACGUCAACGUCAGCUGGUGCUUCGUCUGCUCCAAAGGAGGGCAACUGCUGUGCUGCGAGUCUUGUCCUGCAGCGUUUCACCCCGACUGUCUGAACAUCGCUAUGCCUGAUGGGAGCUGGUUCUGCAACGACUGCCGAGCCGGGAAGAAACCCAAAUACAGAGACAUCAUCUGGGUCAAAUUAGGAACAUACAGAUGGUGGCCUGCGGAGAUCCAACACCCCAGAAACAUCCCCACCAACAUCCAGCACCUUCGCCACGAGAUCGGAGAGUUCCCGGUCUUCUUCUUUGGCUCCAAGGACUACUUCUGGACUCACCAGGGCCGAGUGUUUCCAUACAUGGAGGGAGAUCGGGGCAGCAAGCACCAGAGGACCGCCAUCGGCAAAGUCUUCAAGAAUGCUCUGCUGGAGGCUGAAGCUCGAUUCAAUGAGAUAAAAAUUAAACGAGAGGCCAAGGAAGCACAAGAGAACAGCCGAAAGCCACCCCCAUAUAAAUGUAUCAAGGUCAACAAACCCUUCGGUAAGGUUCAGGUUUACACUGCAGACAUUUCUGAGAUCCCUAAGUGUAACUGCAAGCUGACAGACGAGAGACCAUGCGGGUUUGAGUCUGAGUGUCUGAACCGCAUGCUGCAGUACGAGUGCCACCCUCAGGUGUGUCCCAGUGGUGAGCGCUGCUGUAACCAGGACUUCACCAAACGUCUCUACCCAGAGACCAAGAUCAUCAAGGCGCCCGGCAAGGGCUGGGGACUGAUCUCUCUCCGGGACAUCAAGAAGGGCGAGUUUGUGAACGAGUACAUCGGAGAGCUGAUAGACGAGGAGGAGUGCAUUGCGAGGAUCAAGUACGCCCAGGAGAACAACAUCACUGAUUUCUACAUGCUCACCAUUGACAAGGACCGAAUCAUUGAUGCUGGUCCGAAGGGAAACUACUCUCGCUUCAUGAACCAUAGCUGUCAGCCCAACUGUGAGACACAGAAGUGGACCGUGAACGGUGACACACGAGUCGGUCUGUUCGCUGUCUGUGACAUUCCUGCAGGGACUGAGCUAACCUUUAAUUACAACCUGGACUGCCUCGGGAAUGAGAAGACCGUCUGUCGCUGUGAAGCUCCCAACUGCAGCGGGUUUCUUGGGGAUAGGCCCAAGAACUCAAACGGCCAAACAGCCGAGCCAAAAGGGAAGCGGUUGAAGAGAAAGUACAGGAGGAGGAAAUCUGAGGGAAAGAAGAAGUCUGAUGACGAUUGUUUCCGCUGUGGGGACGGAGGGCAGCUGGUGAUCUGUGGCAAAAAGACCUGCACCAAAGCGUAUCACCUGUCCUGUCUGAACCUCACCAAGAGACCCUUCGGCCGCUGGGACUGCCCUUGGCAUCACUGUGACGUCUGCGGGAAAAAUUCUGAGGCUUUCUGUCAGCUCUGCCCCAACUCCUUCUGCAAGGCUCACCAGGAGGGGGUGCUGCGUCCUUGGCCCCCCACAGGACAGCUGUGCUGUCUAGAGCACGAAGAGCUGGAGGGAACAGACAACCAGGAUCAGGGCGUCAACUCUGAGAUGAGCGCGACGUCGAAGGCCGCCACAACCGCCACCAUCGGCGGCCGUCCUCCGAAGGGCUCCAGGAAGGCAGAGGGAGCAGAGGCCAAAAGAAAAGGCUCCAAGAGGAAAGCAGCUGAGGCCUAAGAGUGACCUUUGACCCCCUCAGAGAGCCAAAAGACCAAACUAGACUCUGACACCUGCUUUCCUUGUUCAUGAACAAAUCUAAACCCCACCUAAUAUCGUCUCGUAAAUCACAAAAUUUAAGGCACUGUACAUCUUCAUCAUCAGGGAAAGCUGCUGAUCUCUCACAUGCUCGCCGCUCAAACAUUUCUUCUUAAACAUUUUCAGGUUUAUUUUUUACUUGUCUGCACUGAGGCGAACCAUCUGUGGUAAAGCACAAAGCAGCAGAGCGAGCGCAGGUCAGGUAACUGCAGCUAGUGAUUUCUACUCAUUCUUCCACCAACCAAACUGCCUUUUUUUUUGUUUGUUUUAUUGUCUUUUUAUUUUAUUUUAGAGUAACAAAAGAAACUAGUUUGUUUCUGCAGAAAAGAAACUGAACCAGCUGGAAGUAUAACAGCAGCGUCGCCGCCUGCUAACUUGAAUCUCAGUCACCCCCCGUCACUCAACACGGACGACCUUGAACAGCAGAGUUUUAUAGCUAUAUCUAUAUAUGUGUAUAUCAAAGACCAAAAUUAUGAUUACUGGAAUAAUGUAAGACGUCAAACAGGUUGCCAAAUGGAUUGUUUUUAUUUUUAUAUAUAGUAUAUAUAUGCCAGAUGUAAUAUCGAAACACCAAGACACUAUGGAUAGGCCUCAGAGGACCUCUUGACUUUUGUUUUGUAGCCAUAGGUUACAUUUAACUUUAGACUUUGUUUGCUGUUUUUACAACCUGUUAUUUUGUUUUAGCUCAGUUUUACUGUUUAGAUUCAAAUAAUAAUAGCAGGACGCUGAACAAUGGCACCACAAACCUUUUAUCUAUCUGCCUGUCCAGAGAACGAGGGGUUACAGAAAGUAUUAAAACCGUGCCGUUUGACGUAAACACACUACCGGGACUUUACUGCUCUCUGCUAAACCAGAUAAAUGAAGGAAUAUGAACGAUUUUCUAAGUUGAAUUUUGAGUCCUAACCUUUAAGGUGCUGUUUGUUUUCCACUGAAAUACCUGAAAUCUUUGGUACAAAGAUGUUUUUAUGUAUAAACAUACACAUCAUGCUGAAGGCCUUUCAGUGUCAACUGGCUGGGGUUUUUAUUGAUAAGUUCAUGAGUAGUUCAUCUGUAACAGGGGUUUUAAAAGAUGCCUCGACUAUUUUUAUCCUCAGGAGGUUUUUAGUCUCAAACUGCAUCCUGUUUGGUGCUUAAUACUUUAACACAGGCUAACAGCACACUGGCAACAUCCUGUUCCAACUUUGGUCAGUUUCUCAUAUUUAUACUUGACAAAAGGCAUCACAAUGUGGCCAGUUUACUAUGUAAGACUAACUUUUCAUCACUGUGAGCUACAACUGCAUUUCUUCAACCUCAGCCGUACUUAAAGGGACAGUUAGGAUUUUUUUUUAAAGUGGGGUUGUAUGAGGUACUUCUCCAUAGCCUGUGCAUUGCCUACAGUAGAUGGCGGUCAGCACGCCUCCGUUUUGGAAAAGCAAGCAGGAGAACUGACACAGAAGUUAAGCAAUGCACUGCUAUGGACAGGGGCAGCAGCAAAUGUAUUUUACCCACCUAAAAAAAAUAUCAGUAUAAUAUUUAGAAUAUUUUCACUGCUUUACCUGCUGCCACACAACAUCUUCUGUUACCCAUCAGAAAGGGCUAUCUAUGCUCUCUUCAAAGGUACCAGACGACAGGGACCGACACAGACACAAUUUUACCUUGCAGAACAAUCCAAUUAGUUUGUGUUAUUGCAGGACUUUUGUAGUUUAAUGGUUAAGUUUGGAUUCACCUAACAAGUCACACAAUAACAAUGUUAAUUACAAUUAUAACCUGUGUUCUGUAGGUAAAAUUGCUGUUUUUGUCUUUGGACUUUGGCGGCUUUAACAAGAGCCUAGGUAACAAGUUCCUCAUCAGAAAGAUUGCUCUGACGGCAAGAUAAAGUGAUGAAACUAUUCUAAAUAAAGCUUAGCCUUGGACUGAUAUUGGUGGCUAAAAUACUGCUACCACACCAGAAGCGUUGAAACCACUUUUCAGAUGCCUAUUGGUUCUGGUGAAAAGACUCAUGUUAGUUAAGCAAGGAGAGACAUAAAAGCUGACUCUGUUUUCUUUGCAGGUACCAGGUGAACUGUGAUUAUUCUCUCAAAUUUCAUAUGCAAGUCUGAGUUAAGCAAACAAUAUUUAAAGGAGUUUGUCAUCGAUCUCUCAUUUCAGGUCCGUUAAUGUUUUUUUGUUUUUUUUCAGCAACACUGGUGCUACAGACAAUAAUUGCGCCGUUGAAUUUAAUUUGACAUUUAUUUGGACUUAAAAUCUGAAUUUCUUGAAACACGUGGCCAUUUUUUGUGUAAGCCACCAUCUGUGCUUUUUCUUUCUUCCUCUAAAACAACUCUAACAACCCAGAUUUGAGUUGUGCCGACACAACGGGGUCUUUUUUUUUUUUUUCAAUAACUGCACCUUUUUUUUAUUUUUAUGUGUGUUCAUUUUUCCCAGGGCGUGUGAAUGGGACAUGUCCACAGGUGCAGCAAGUCUCGUACGAGUAUUUUCGACUUUGUAUGUAUCCUAACCUUGACUUGUGUUGAGUGAAUGUAGUCCAGCCAGUUAUUUUUGUAAGCACUGUAAUUCCCUGUAGAGCUCAAGUGUAAGGUGUGCGUAGGGGUUUCAUUCUGUAACUACUGUCAUAGUAAACCAGAGACUAAUAUGUACAUAAUGUAUAAGUGGUAAUAGUGAUGCAUCUAUUGUAAAUAUCAUACAAUUUCUCUGACAUUGUAUGUUUGUUUUGUUUUUUCUUGAUGCAGUGCUGAAACACUUUUGUGCAGGAUCUCACAUAUGUUGAAUCAUGCAAUAAAAAGUGACCAAACGUA